AUGUCUUUUGGUCAAGGGAAUAUUAACAAUGAUGUUCAAGUGCUUUUCAUAUUUGCUCUAGGCAUUCUCGGCGUUUUGACUGGUCUCUAUGGCUUUCGAGUAGUCCUCAACAGUUCUGUCAUCAAUGGAAUCGUUCGCCAUUUUCUUCUUUGCAUUACUCUUUCCGCGACAACGAUCAAUGCUUGUCAUUUGUGUUGGGGAAUGCCGAGAGCACUUUGGUCUGAAAGCGUCAACAUUCCCCUUAUCGACAAUAUUUUCGGCUUCAUCGCUUUUGGAUUGAUCUCAGUGAUCUUAAUAUCAAAGAUUUUAUUGGGCAUUAAUCGCUUUACCGCGAUUAUCUUUGAGGGGAAAUUUUAUGAAAUCAUGGAAAAGCACAAAAAUUUCCAAUACAGUAUUUUGAUCGGCUAUUCGAUUCUGAUGAGUGCGCCGAUGGUAUUUCCCGGAUUUCGUGUGAUUUGGGUGACCGACGGGGUGAACGCGUUCUUUCUCGAAAACAGUCCACACAGUGAUCUUUAUCUUAAUAUUUCACAGCCUUUUGCCGGCUAUGCAACGAUCAUGAUUUGUCUCUUCCUUGACACGAUCACUUUUAUUCUUAUUUAUCGACGAAUGAAAAUUUUUAAACUCAAAAGUUUACAUCAACAACGAGCAAAUCUGAAGAAGCAAUACUUUUUGUUAACACAGAUGAUGUUCAGUAACGGUGCUGUUGUAGUGUCAACAGUGGGGAUUCUCGUCAUUUUAACCUUUACUGCAAACGAUAUGGCAACUUUUAUCUGUUAUACAGCUAUGUGGCAAGCCUCUUGUGUUAUGGAAGGACUAUUUUGUAUCGUUUUCUUGCGAGAUCGAAGCCAUUCUUCUAGAGUCUUGAAAAUAAGAGGUGCUCCAACGAUUACAACUGGA